UUUUGGUUGAGAAAUCAUAUCUUUUAUUUUUUUUUACAAUGAAAAUAAAACUUAGAUAUAUAUGAUGUAUGCAGAAAAGCUGAGAAAUCUCGCGGUGCUCUUGCUUCAGUCCUCAGAUUGAGAUAUUUUCCGACCCGAGGAGGAAGGAGAAACGAUGGGUUUUGUCCUAACUUCUUCUUGUCCCCCGUCCUCGCUCGUGCUCGUCUCUCACCCUCACAAGUUCUCCGCCGGAAUCAAAAGCAGUGAAAUUCCGUUUCGUCCUCAAUUUUCACCGACCCGUAGAACCCUAAUUGCCAAACCAUGUUGUUUCAAUCUCCCUCAAGAACCCAUUCUCUCCGAGGCUCUCAAGGAGCCAAUUGCAUUUGUGGGUGGGAUGUUUGCUGGACUGCUAAGACUCGAUCUCAACGAAGAACCGCUCAAGGAAUGGGUGACGCGAACUGUUGAAGCCUCAGGUAUCACAGAAGAGGAAGUUGAUGCAGAUGGUAUGGCCUCGAAUGAAGAAGCAGCUCCUCAACAGAUCGAGAUUGAAUGAUGGCUCUUUGCUGUUUUUGCAGAUAAAUGUAGCUUUGCCUUGUCUGUGUUUAUUUAUGUAAAAUGAAGUUUAUCUAUCUUGCUCAAUGCGUCUUAACCAAAGGGUUCCUCUGAUUAUUCUUAUGCAAACCCAAACCAAAGUUUUAGUUAGAUUAGGCCUUUUCUU